CGGAGCUUAUAGUUUUUUCGAACGACUUAUACGAACGAACUCAAUAUGAAGUGCCAAAUCAUUAUUUUAACUGUGCUUUUUAUCGGGUACGGUAUAACAGCCCCUACUACAGAUGCUACCACUGAAGUAUACGAGUAUUGCGACACUGAAGAACCAGAAUCAGUAUCUGAACAAACUACUGACAGUCCUAACCAAUCAACACCCACUGAAGAGGCCUUAGAAUCGUCUACAACAUUCCCAAACCCUCAAGGUCCUUCGAAUGGACCACCAAAUGGCUCAGAACCAGCACAAAACCCAGAGCAAGGUUCAGAAGGACCUCAGGGUAACCCAGAACCGGCUCCAAACAAUCCUGGCCAACCUGGAGGACCAUCUGGUCCAGAAAACGGUCUAGAACAACCUCAAGGAGAAUCAGAAGCUUCUUCAGGUCCAGGAAAUGAACAAGGACAAGAACAAGCAGCUCAAGAAGGCGCUGAGUCCUCUCAAGGUAACUCGGGACAAUCAGGAGCAUCAGAAAAUAAUCCUGAAUCAUCACAAGAUGGAUCCGAAGCAUCUGGAAGUUCAGGAAAUGAAUCAGAAUCAGCCCAAGAUGGUUCAGAUGCUUCUCAAGGUAACUCAGAACAAUCAGGAGCGUCAGAAAAUAGUUCUGGAUCUUCCCAAGGAGAAUCCGAAUCGUCUGGAAGUUCAGGAAAUGAAUCAGGCUCAGCUCAAGAUGGUUCAGAUGCUUCUCAAGGUAACUCAGAACAAUCAGGAACGUCAGAAAAUGGUUCUGGAUCUUCCCAAGGAGAAUCUGAAUCGUCUGGAAGUUCAGGAAAUGAAUCAGGCUCAGCUCAAGAAAGUUCAGAUGCUUCUCAAGGUAAUUCAGAACAGUCAGAUGCUUCUCAGAGUGGAUCUGAGGCUUCUGAAGGUAACUCAGAUCAAUCUGGAGCAGCUAGUGAACAAGCAAAUGAACCAGAGGCUGAAUCUGAUGCUUCUGAGAAUAACGGUAGUUCUGAUGGCUCUGAGAAUGGACAGGAAUCAUCCCAAGACAGUCAAGAUCAGUCUGCAGGGGCAGGAAAUGAAUCUGGCGCCUCCCAAAAAGAAGAAGAGUCUUCUCAAGAUGACUCAAAUCAGUCAGGAAACUCUGAAAACUCGCCUAAUGAAUCUGAAGGUUCCCAGGACGAUUCUGAGGUAAAAUCUGAAGACAAAUCUAACCAAUCUGGAGAUUCUGCUGGUGUUGAAGAUGUUGAAGAGUCCGAAAAUGAUAAUGAUAGCAACUCUAAAGAUGAUGACAGCGAUGAAGAAAAAUCUAAGGAACAAAGCAAAGAAAAUGAUUCAAAUGAAAAGGACAAUUCCAAAGAAAAGAACAGUGAUGAAGAGUCGAAAGAAGACGACGAUGAUGAUGAUGAUGACGACGACAGUGACAGUUCUGACAGUCGAGAACAAAAGAUUAAAGAAUACAUUAAAGACAAACUGAAAGAAAAAUGCACAUGGUACAAUUGCAACAAGUCCUGCAGAAACUCAAGAAAGCAUGGUGGAUUCUGUAAACGCGGAAUUAUUUGUACUUGCUACUAAAAACUUCACGAAAGCCUCACAGUUGUCACUUUAUUUUGAGAUUUAGUUAUUUUUUUGAAUAUUCAGUUUUGCUUGUUAGUUAAUAAAAUAUGCUUAAUUUAGUUGGAACAGUA